UUCAUCCUCGGGGCUGAGAUGCGGGGAUUCAUCCUCGGGGCGGGAUGUGGGAUUCACCUUCGGGGCCGGGAUAUCGCGAAGAAAGCAGCUGGUGUGAAGCCUCUUCCCGCUCCGCGGACCGGCUGCCGGCGUAGAAACACCGGCCACCUCAGCAUAGAAAUACCCAGUACAGAAUUCCCACCUGCCCYUCCUCAGCGAAUACCUGAACAUCUGAGAAGGAGUUUGUGCAUCUCUCCCUUUUUCCCUCUCCCUCAGGUUUUAGCGCAGUGCUCCUGCCUGGUUUGUGCUCCUUUGGCAGUGCUCCUGGAGCUGCAGUCUGGUUUCAGUCCCUUACACUUUGAGCAUGCUGGAAAACCCAUCCUGCCGGUGGAUGUAUCUGUUCACUGCCAUGUGCCUGAGCAAGGGUCGRAGGAAUCCUGCCAACUUCUUGUGGAGAACCAGUUGCAGCCAGUAGUACAAUAUGGUAUGCCUUCUGGGACAUUCAGGUGAUCACAAAAGAAGCAAGCAAAAAAUAAUGCMGAAUGUAGCCAGACUGUCAGGGGAGUCCUUCCAAAGAAUCAGAGACCCCCCUACUCCUCCUGACAAGGUAAGCUCCACGUCCAUCUCAUACGUCCAGUGUGGUCACACUUCAAAUAAAGAUUCCUGUGGCUCUCUGCUGCCAAGAUGUCCAAUAACACACUGUCCUGUUUGUGCAUGGAACCCAGGGCCCUUUUGCAUGCCCUUGAUAUCCUCAACAAAAGCGAAUUUCGUUGGUUUGUCCCCGGAGGCUUCCAGUGUCAUGAGGGGGGCUCAUGUGUUGGCAAGGAGAGAAGCUGAUGGCUAUUAUYACCCAGGCCACAUUGUCCAGAAGGUGAAGGGCUCCAGGGAAAGCUUUUUAAUUGAGUUUGAUCGAAGCCGUGCUCUGAAGGGCAAAGUCCAACUUGGCCUGCAGGAAACGCCUCUCUAUGACAUUGUCCACUACGAAGAUGCCCAGCGACAGCCUCUUGCUUCAGGGGACAGGGUCUUGGCACCAUGGGAGGCUUCAGCCAAACGUUUUGGCCCUGGCACUGUGCUGAGGGUUGAGGAGAACGAGAAGGCACCUUUAGGCACAGCACACAAUGAAAGAAGAGUGCUUGUGARUUUCUGGAAUGGGCAGACUAAGGAGGUGUCUCCUGCCCAAGCUCUGCGGAUUCCCCGGCCCUUGAGYGAACGCAUCAUCCUGGAGCUGCAGAUGCCUUUAGCAGCCAGGCAGAUGGUGAUAGAUUCAAGCUUGGAUUACCCAUACAUUGUGACCCCGGGGUAUAGAGCCUCAGGCCACUGCAGACAAGGUCACCUGGAUUGCUGCCCAGGGGGUCUGUAUUCCAUUCAUCCCUAUGUAAAGUGCAGCCAGGGGUGUACCUCGCUUCCCCAGUGCUGCCUUGGAGCCUUGGAGCCCACAUGGCCUGCAGGGUGCAAAGAGCAGCAAGAAAACACCUUCACUCCAGGAGCAAGCUUGGCUGAAGGAAAGCUCAGCGAGCAAAUAGAGGAGAAACUGUCUGAAUUGAAGAUUGCAUCUUCAGAAAGUGUUUCCAGAGAGGAAGAGAAAAAGGAAGAGAAGAGGCUGGAGACAGAAAAUGCUCCAGAAUAUGUUUGGUUUUGUUCAGAAGAGGACCAUAAGGUUAUGGAAACUGAGAAGGGUCCUCAGAGGGAGAUGGCUCAUGCUAUAGCUGAUGCUGCUGUCAACACAGACAGCUGGUUAAUGGAGACAGAUGACAAGGAAGAAGCAGAGAGCAGACAGCAGAAUGCUGAAACUGAAGCUAAUUCUGAGCCUGGCCUUUCUGAGUGCAGAGUGGCAGAAGCUCCAGUCCAGCAUUCCCAAAGGAGCCCUUCCCUGGGAAGCAGCACUCUGGUUCCUUUCAGAUGCCAGAGCUUCUUUGCCCAAGUGAAUCAAUCUCUGGAGCAAGACAGCCUGACCAUCAGAUCAGCCCUUCGUGUGCAGAGACCACACAGCACCACCAACCUGCCAGCUGGAAGAUCCACACAUCUCCCAAAUCUUUUGAAGCACAAAAGCAUCACAAAAUCAGUCCUUAGUGGUGCAUCUCAGGAGARGUGGAAAGGGAUGGAUUUCAGCAGAGCCAGGAUUGAGCACAAAAGGCAGCAAGAGGAGCAGAGGCAGCUGAAGAGGGAGCAGCAGCRAGAGGCAGAUGGCACCCGACGCCAGCUGCGCAGGGACAGCCAGAGGCAGCGAUUGCGUCAGAGAACAUUGCAAGGGCUGGAGAAACAGCUGGAGCACAAAGAGASAGCCUUGAAGCACGUGGCACUGCUCCAGGCUGCUGGGGCUGAGAGGAGCAGGAAGGAAUCCUUCUUUCAAGAGGAGGAGGGGAGAAAGGCAAAGCAGAGGCUUCAGUUCUUAAAGACAAAGCGUUUGCAGAGAGAGGAGUUGCAAGCAAAAAGCAAUGAAAGGAGCUGUGAGAAAGAAAAAGAAAGGCUGGAGCUGCUGAGGAGCAGAAUGCGGUCACGGCAGGAAAUGCUGGAGCAAGAAUCCCAGGAGCAGGACAAACAGCAAAAGCAGCAGCAGGCUGCCAAAGUGAGAGUGUUCCAGAAGAGAGACAGUUCUCAUCUGAAGAUGGAAAAAGAAGGCCAGAAACUCCGUGCCCUCCAGCAGUACCUCAGGGAACAGAACCUUUUGCUGCUCCGGGCAUCCCUGCUCGCAUAAGGAAGCUGCAGAGUGGGUGAGCAGUCCACAGACCUGCUCUGUGUCUUGUCAGRUGUGAGUCAGUGUGCCAGAGCAGAGUGUGACAAGUGCCAUUAGUAUUCCUGGAGAGGUCUUUCCUUUCCUUUUCACUGCAGCCAGAGUGCAGUUCCACUGUUCUGUCCUUUACAGGCCUUUCUUUCUGGGCUCCCUGCUUUCCCCUCCCCUAGGGCACAUCUAGAGGCACUUUCCUGCAUCAGAAAGAGGAGAGUUUCUAGUGCAUUAUCCUCUGAUGAAUGGAGGUGCCACAGAGGAGGAGGAGGUUAAGCUUUUCCCAUCCUGAAGUGCUGUCCCUCUUCCUCAUAUCAUCUGAGGUACAAAAUACAGUGGCUGUGCCACACGGAAUGCUCUGGUCAGCUCUGGGUAACCAGAAAUUUCAGGGGGUCAUUUAGGAAAGGAGAAUGGACAUGGCAUAGUU